AUGGCUUUAUUCAACGUGGAAGGUUGGGAUAUAAAGACGAAAUCUGUCGUUUUUGAUAACAAGACCAGCAAGUCUGCGAAGGAUAAAAAAAAAAAUAAGAAUAGAAGAAAUGACAAACUUACAAGAGAACAGAAGUUAAAAGAGGAGACAGAGGCCGAAUUAAAAGAAACAGUGGAAGGCGUUUCCCCUGAAGAAGGGGUAGCUGAAAAGAAACAAGAAAAAGAAGGUAAAAAUGCAAAGAGUAACACCAAUAAUAAGAAACGUAAGCACGAUGAAGGUGGUGCGUCUGAACAAACAAAAGAGGUUAUUGAACAGCCUGCAAAAAAACAGUUGACUCCUUUACAACAGAAGAUGAUGGCUAAACUAACAGGUUCCAGAUUCAGAUGGAUCAAUGAGCAAUUUUAUACGAUUACCUCAGAUGAAGCUUUAAAAUUAGUGAAAGACCAACCACAAUUAUUUGACGAAUACCAUGAUGGUUUCAGGUCGCAAGUGCAAACAUGGCCAGAAAAUCCAGUUGAUGUUUUCGUCGAUCAAAUUCGUUAUAGAUGCAUGAAAGCUGUUAAUGCGCCAGGUGGAUUGCCAGGCCUAAGAGAAAGCAAAGAGAUAGUUAUAGCUGAUAUGGGGUGUGGUGAAGCUCAAUUAGCGUUAGAGAUCAAUAAUUUUUUCAAAGGUUAUAACAAGAAGGCCAAGAAGUAUUUAAAGAGGCGCCACAAAGUUCAUAGUUUUGAUUUGAAAAAAGCCAACGAAAGAAUAACUGUGGCUGACAUUAGGAAAGUGCCAUUACCAGAUGAAUCAUGUACUAUCGUGGUCUUCUGCCUAGCGUUAAUGGGAACCAAUUUCCUAGAUUUCAUUAAAGAAGCAUAUAGAAUCUUAGCUCCAAGAGGUGAGUUAUGGAUCGCAGAAAUCAAAUCAAGAUUUGCUGACGGUAGAGGAAAUGAAUUUGUAGACGCUUUGAAAUUGAUGGGAUUCUUUCAUAAGAAAACCUUUGAUGAAAAUAAGAUGUUCACAAGAUUUGAAUUCUUUAAACCACCCGCAGAAAUCAUUGAAGAGAGAAGACAAAAAUUGGAAAGAAGACAGAAAUUUAUUGAAGUUGAGACUGAGAAGGAAGAACUAGAAAAGAAAAGAAAAAAGGUUGCCGAAGGUAAGUGGCUAUUAAAGCCUUGCAUCUACAAGAGAAGAUGA